UAUUGGUCUCCAUGGCAAAAUGAUUGCAAUGAACGUAAUCUUAUUUAUGAGGGUGCAAAAAAAAAAAAAGGACUUCAGGUCAGGGAGAAUGUAUAAAUGUCCAUUGCCAUCAAGGUUCGGCUAUCUUUGAGAAGCUGAAGCAACUCCAAGGACACAGUUCACAGGCUGACUUCGUUUCUCAGCUCCAAAAUACGGAUUGAUUUGGGGACAAUUACUACGACACUGUGGCUGAUAAGUUUGAAGAGAGCCUGUGAAGAAGGCAGCGAGGGUCCUUGAAUCGCAGACCUAUAUUCUCCUUCCCCAGCAUGUGCACCGGGAGCUGUGCCAAGUGCCUGGGGGGCACCCUCAUCCCCCUCGCCUUGUUUGGCUUACUGGCUAACAUCCUGCUAUUUUUCCCUGGAGGAAAAGUGAUAGACAACAAUGACCACCUUACCGACGAGGUCUGGUAUUUCGGAGGAAUAUUGGGAAGCUGUGUCUUGAUGAUCUUCCCCGCGCUGGUGUUCUUGGGCCUGAAGAACAACGACUGCUGCGGAUGCUGCGGUAACGAGAGCUGCGGGAAGCGCUUCGCGAUGUUUACCUCCACAAUCUUUGCUGUGGUCGGAUUCUUGGGUGCCGGAUACUCAUUUGUCGUCUCAGCUGUCUCAAUCAACAAGGGUCCUAAAUGUCUCCUGGCCAACAACACCUGGGGCUACCCCUUCCUGGAAGGGGACUACCUCAAUGACAAUGAGUUAUGGAAAAAGUGCCAGAAGCCUGAAGACGUGAUUCCCUGGAAUCUGACCCUCUUCUCCAUCCUGCUGAUCAUCGGAGUGGUCCAGAUGAUCAUCUGUGCCAUCCAGGUGAUCAACGGCCUCCUGGGGACCCUGUGUGGAGACUGCCGCUGCUGUGGCUGCUGUAGAGGAGACGGACCAGUUUAAACCUCUCCGAUGAGCUGCUCUAACUUGUCGGCGUGUGAGAAGACGCAUUAAAUUUACUCUUCUCUUCUUGGGGUUGCCAAUUCCUAUCUGCUUCCUGACUGACAAAGCUCAGGGAGGCCAGAGUUGUUCCUUCUCCUUUCCGACCAGCUCAGCUCAAGUUAGAAUUUUAUGUCAGUUUCAGAUUAAAAAAAUAGUUCGGCCACUUAAGUAAAAUUUCUAAGUCUUUCAAAUUAGCUUCCUUUUAGAAUUGAAGAGCAGGUUCAAAGCAAAUAUUUUAUAAUUUUUUCUUUAAGCAUGAAAAAUACAUACGGUUGUGCUUACCACCACACUGUUUCUUUGUAUAUAGAGGCGUGGAUAUCUUUGGAAGUUUUACAUAAGCCAAAGGAGGAGAGCACAUUAAAAGUGAGAAGCUAAGAUCAAUUUUCAUUUUGAAGAUUUAUGAGAAAAAAACAGAACGAUGGAUGUAUCAUAAAUAACCUUUAUGUGUUGUCUUUUUGGCUAACAUGGUUGAAUUACUUGUAACUAGCAUUUGGGCCUGCCGUCUUGCUAGGGUUUCCUCAUGUACAUUAAAUUAAAAUCCAAAUUCAGAGGUAAUAUAAUAAAGAUU